AUGCAGAGGCGCUCAGCUGGCGAGAAGCGAUCGUGGCGGGUUGGGGGGGGCGAGCAGGGGAGCCCCCGGUUCGCACCGAAGCAGCAUCACCAGGAGGCGGAGGAGGCGGUGAGGGGCUGGCGGGAGCCACCUGCUGGGGCUGGGGUAAGUGAGCAGCCUGGAGGGGGCACAGCUGGGCUCCCCCCUCCCGCUGCCAGGCGUGGGUAGGGCAGGGGCUGGCAUUCAAGGAUGGAGGAGGAGAGGCGAAGGCGUCGCGGCUGCCAUUCUAGGUGCUUCUACAGCGUGCUUUGUGGCAGGGGGAGGGCUGCCAUCUGGGGUGCGGUGGGGGGCUAUGAGAGCAGCUUCCAGCUGGGGGGUGCCAGGGUCUGGCUAGGGCGAGCGCCUGGGGGGCUGGCCAGCGGGCAUGGGGAGAGGCUGCCUGCCCCGCUCCCCGCCCCAUGCACCGUGCCAGCCCCCGCCUGUCCUCCCCCUCCAGGCGAAGAUUCAGCGCGGAGGAGGCGAGGGCACCAGCCCGGUCCCCGGUGCCAUGGGCGGCUGUGGGCAAGCCGGGAGCGACGUGUCGGGAGAGGCCACCAUCGCCGCCACCACCAUCGCCGCCACGCAGGUAGGGAGGCGGCGGCGGCAGCAGCAGCGCGAGAGAGCCUGCCUGCCUGCCUGA